AUCUAUAAAAAAAAACAUCUUCAAUUUUUCAGACAGAAAGAUCAAAAUCUGAAACUCAAACUCAAACUCAAAUGGAUCCAGAACAAGACAGAGACGGUGGUGGUAGAAGUUGUUGUAGCUGCUGUCUCAGCUUCAUCUUCACAGCUGGUCUCACCUCUCUGUUCCUAUGGCUCAGUCUCCGUCCCGACAAACCCAAAUGCUCGAUCGAAUACUUUUACGUUCCUGCCCUCGACAAAUCCCUCAAUUCACGAACCAAUACCACUCUCAAUUUCAUGGUUCGUCUCGCAAAUCCAAACAGAGACCAAGGAAUCUACUACGACGACGUCCAAGUUUCUUUAUUCAACACCAACACAACGACCAAUUCCUCUUCUCUUCUUGCUAAUUCCACAGUGCGUAAAUUCUACCAAGGACACAAGAAGAAGGCCAAGAAAUGGGGUCAGGCUCUGCCUUUUAACAACCAGACGGUUUUACGAGCGGUUUUGCCUAAUGGGUCGGCGGUUUUCCGGAUGGAUCUGAAGACGCAGGUGAGGUUCAAGAUUAUGUUCUGGAAAACCAAGAGGUAUGGAAUCGAGGUUGGUGCUGAUGUUGAAGUCAACGGAAAUGGAACUAAAGCUCAUAAGAAAGGGAUUAAGAUGAAGAAAUCUGAUUCUUCUACGAGUUUAAGAACCUACUUUCCGGUUUGUGUUUUGAUGAAUCUGCUCGUAUUCUUCGCUAUUCGUUAAAACUGAUUUGACGAUUUCGAUAUUUUAUUUUGCUUUUUUAUUUUUUUGCUUUUGUUUAUGUAGAUUUUAUUGACACUUUUCAUGAGUUUUAGUUGUGUGUGUGUGUUUUUUUCAUUUCUUCUUUUUUUCAUGGUUUCUAAAUUCGACCAAGUACUCAUUCAAUAAUUAAUUCCAUUAUUGUUUUGUUUCACUUUCAA